UUGGGCAACUCUCAUCUUUUUACGUUUUGCCAAACAUCAGUUGUAUUUAUAUUAGCGAGAAAUACUGAAAGCAAAGCGUGCAUUGUAGCAUACCCUUUGCUUUCUGUAUAUCGUGAGUACUAAUCAUCUUAUACAAACUCAGAAAAUAACUUUCCGAAUUUUUUUCUAAAAUUUUAUGUCAUUUAUUAUUUAAAAUUUAUUCUCAUUCAUUAUUUUUGACUUCAAAAAGUUUGUUUUAUUUUCUAUUGUGAACUCAACAUAAUUGCUUCUUCUUGUUGUUGGCAGAAGGCGCACAAUUUUUUGUGAAACGGCGUUUAUUUCAUUUUAACUCAACAUUUCCGCAGUUUAGUUGUAUUUUCGUUAUUUUAUAGAGUUAUUUUCCAACUGGUUGUUAAAAUAUUAAGUAUAACAGCUUUCGAUAUUUUAUACGAUGGCGGAUACACUCGAAUACAGCGAUAUAACAUCAGAAGUUCGCGGCGUGAUGACACCCGGCCGCUUGAAGCUCACUGAUCAACACAUAAUAUUCAAAAACAGUAAAACCGGCAAGGUUGAGCAAAUUGCUGCAGACGACAUAGAAUUUAUUAAUUCGCAAAAGUUUGUCGGCACUUGGGGUUUACGCAUAUUCACCAAAAGUGGUGGGCUACACCGCUUUUCCGGAUUUCGGGAUUCAGAAAAUGAAAAAUUGGGAAAAUUCCUGAAGAAAGCUUACAAGCAAGAUAUGGUUGAGAAGGAGAUGUGUGUGAAAGGUUGGAAUUGGGGUACAGCACGUUUUCUUGGUUCGGCGCUUAGCUUUGAUAAGGAUAGUAAGACCAUAUUUGAAAUACCACUACAGCACGUGUCUCAAUGCAUGACUGGUAAAAACGAGGUGACAUUGGAAUUUCAUCAGAGCGAUGAUGCACCAGUCGGUUUAUUGGAAAUGCGGUUUCACAUACCUGCUGUUGAAUCAGCAGAAGAAGAUCCGGUGGAAAGUUUCCAGAAUAAUGUUAUGAGCAAAGCCUCGGUUAUAUCGGCAUCAGGCGAUGCGAUUGCUAUUUUCCGCGAAAUACAUUGUCUUACACCGCGUGGUCGCUACGAUAUUAAGAUUUUCUCAACCUUCUUCCAAUUGCACGGUAAAACUUUUGACUACAAAAUACCAAUGGACUCGGUGUUGCGUCUCUUUUUAUUGCCACACAAAGAUAAUAGGCAAAUGUUUCUCGUGCUAUCGCUAGAUCCGCCAAUUAAGCAAGGUCAGACGCGUUAUCAUUUCCUAGUGCUACUCUUCGGGCCGGAAGAGGAGACUUCUAUAGAACUACCAUUCACAGAAGAGGAGCUGAAAGAGAAGUAUGAAGGAAAAAUUGAAAAAGAACUUUCUGGUCCAUUGUAUGAAGUAAUGGGUAAAGUCAUGAAAGUGUUAAUAGGACGCAAAAUUACCGGACCUGGUAACUUCAUUGGUCACUCUGGUACUGCAGCUAUUGGUUGUUCUUUCAAAGCCGCCGCCGGCUAUCUCUACCCACUAGAACGUGGCUUCAUCUACAUACACAAGCCACCAGUACACAUACGUUUUGAAGAAAUCGCUUCGGUGAACUUUGCCCGUAGUGGCGGUUCUACGCGCAGUUUUGAUUUUGAGAUUACAUUAAAGAACGGUACUGUGCACAUAUUCAGCUCCAUCGAAAAAGAAGAAUAUGCCAAGCUCUUCGAUUACAUACAACAAAAGAAAUUGCGCGUCAGCAAUAUUGGCAAAGACAAGGGUGGCUACAAUGAUGUGGACUUUGGGGACUCGGAUAAUGAGAAUGAACCGGAUGCCUACUUGGCGCGUGUUAAGGCAGAGGCGCGCGAGAAAGAAUCUGACGAUGAAGAAGGCUCGGAAGAGGAGUCUACCGAUGAAGAUUUCAAACCAAACGAGGCAGAAUCCGAUGUGGCCGAAGAGUAUGACAGCAAUGUGCAGAGUGAUAGCGAAGAUUCCGACGCGAGUGGUGGAGGCGGUGGUGGGGUUGGCACCGACUCGGGCGUGGAAAAGAAGAGCAAGCCAAAAAAGGAGAAGAAAGAGAAAAAGGAACGCAAGGAGCGCGUGAAAAAGCCCACCAAAUCCAAAAAAGACGUCAACAAACCCAAACGUGCGACCACAGCAUUCAUGCUUUGGCUCAACGAAACUCGCGAACAAAUUAGAAAAGACAAUCCUGGCCUCAAAAUUACCGAAGUUGCCAAGAAGGGUGGCGAAAUGUGGAAAGAACUGAAGGAUAAAUCUAAAUGGGAAGAUUUGGCAGCUAAGGAUAAACAGCGUUAUCAAGACGAAAUGAAGGACUACAAACCAACCGCUAGCGAGGAGAGCGGUAGCAAGUUGACCGCAGCAGCUAAGAAGCGCAAGAAGGAGUCACCAACAAAGAAAUCGCCCGUCAGCGCUGGCGUUUUCAAGAGUAAAGAAUACAUAUCCGAUGAUGAAUCGUCUUCUGGUGGUGAGAAUAAGAAGGAUGCAUCGGGCGCUGCUGAUUCGGAGCCAGUGAAAAAGAAGAGCAAAACUUCAAGUAAAUCCGCCAAAGAUAAGAAAAAGAAAGAAGAUGAGAGCGAAGAGGAGAGUGAAGGUUCUGAAAGUGGCGCCAGUGAUGAGGAGGAAGAAGAUGACGAGGACGAGGCUACGGAUGAUGGCGAAGGUAGUGAUUAGAGUAAUCAACGAAAUGCACACAUAUUUAUGUAGUUCUUUUUGUACUUCGCCGUGUUAGUAGUUUUAAGCGCUUAGUUUCGUAAUACUUCACACCACAUAUACACACAACUUAAUUUGUAUGUUUGUAAUGUUAGGCCACUUAUUUGUUACCCUGAUGUAUCGUUUUAACCAGCAGUAGAUUGCUGCAUGAUAUCAAAAAGCAGAUUAAAGUUAACAAAACGAA